GCAGCGGCUGGCAGAGGCGGCUGCAACAGCAGGUGCUUGGUGCCCUGCACACAGGUGGCCUGAGUGCCCCUUCUUCCAGCUAGCUGCCCAUCAUGGCUCACUGGCUGCCCAGCACCCCGGGCCUGGCCCGCCUCUGCCAUAAGCUGAACCGGCUGAAACCCCUGGAGGAGUCCACCAUGGAGACCUCGUUGAGGCGCUGCCUGUCCACCCUGGACCUCACCCUCCUGGGUGUGGGGGGCAUGGUGGGCUCAGGCCUCUACGUGCUCACAGGCACCGUGGCCAAGGAGAUGACGGGUCCUGCAGUGUUGGUGUCUUUUGGGGUGGCUGCCGUGGCCUCCCUGCUGGCCGCCCUAUGUUAUGCUGAGUUUGGGGCACGGGUGCCCCGAACGGGCUCUGCCUACCUGUUCACUUACGUGUCCAUGGGCGAGCUAUGGGCCUUCCUUAUUGGCUGGAAUGUGUUGCUGGAAUAUCUCAUUGGUGGUGCCGCGGUGGCCCGGGCCUGGAGUGGCUACCUGGAUGCCAUCUUUAGCCACCGUCUGCGCAAUUUCACCGAGGUCCAUGUGGGUGUGUGGCAGGUGCCCUUCCUGGCCCGGUACCCAGACUUCCUGGCCGCUGGCAUCCUGCUCGUGGCCUCGGCCUUUGUCUCUUGUGGAGCCCGUGUCUCCUCCUGGCUUAACCACACCUUCUCGGCCAUCAGCCUGGUGGUCAUCCUCUUCAUCAUCGUCCUGGGAUUCAUCCUGGCCCGUCCACACAACUGGAGCUCCGAGGAGGGUGGCUUUGCACCUUUUGGCUUUCCGGGCAUCAUGGCGGGCACCGCCACCUGCUUCUAUGCCUUCGUGGGCUUUGAUGUCAUCGCAGCCUCCAGCGAGGAGGCCCGGAACCCACGACGGGCCGUGCCUCUGGCCAUUGUCAUUUCCUUGGGCCUAGCAGCUGGGGCUUACAUUCUCGUGUCCACAGUGCUCACCCUCAUGGUGCCCUGGCACAGCCUGGACCCUGACUCUGCGCUUGCCGAUGCCUUCUAUCGGCGGGGCUACAGCUGGGCUGGCUUCAUCGUGGCCGUGGGCUCCAUCUGCGCCAUGAACACCGUCCUGCUCAGCAACCUCUUCUCCCUACCUCGCAUCGUCUAUGCCAUGGCCACUGACGGGCUGUUCUUCCAGAUAUUUGCCCAGGUGCACCCCCGGACACAGGUCCCUGUGGUAGGCAUCCUGGUAUUUGGGGUUCUCAUGGCCCUCCUGGCAUUGCUGCUGGACCUGGAGGCACUGGUGCAGUUCCUGUCCAUUGGCACCCUCCUGGCCUACACCUUUGUGGCUGCCAGCAUCAUUGUCCUGCGCUUCCAGAAAGCGCCUCCAUCCAGUUCUUCGGGCUUGGCCAGUCCCAACUCCGCCGCCAAGGAGUACAACUCUUUCUCUGACCACAUUCAACUGGUGGAUUCAGAGGCUCCUGAGCCCGGCCAGCUCCGGCCAGCUCUGCAGCCCUACCUGAGCUUCCUGGGAAUAUGUGGCCCUGGCAGGGCCGUGGCCUGGGCUCUGGGCAUCCUGGUCACCUCUGCCAUCACCCUGGGCUGUGUACUGGUCUUUGGGAAGUCCUCUCUGCAUCUGCCGUACUGGGCCUACACCCUGCUGCUCCUGCUCAGUGUGACCAUGUUUCUUCUCAGUCUCCUCGUCUUAGGGGCCCACCAACAACAGCGACAAGAGGAUACCUUCCAGAUCCCCUUGGUGCCACUGCUGCCAGCCCUCAGCAUCUUCCUGAACAUCUGCCUGAUGCUGAAGUUGAGCUACCUGACCUGGCUGCGCUUCUCCAUCUGGCUGCUGAUCGGACUCGUGGUGUAUUUCGGCUACGGCAUCAGGCACAGCAAGGAGAACCAGCGGGAGUGUCCUGGACUCGCUGACUCCCACUACGUGGUUUUCCCCGAUGGCAGCCUGGAUGAGAGUGUCCAAGCUGUGCAGCCCCCCAGCCAGGCCCCAGAGCCCGACUGCACGGAGCAGACCCCACAUUCAUGA